AUGCAAGGAGAAUUUGAAAUGUCAAUGAUGGGAAAGCUUACAUUUUUUUUGGGAUUGCAAAUCAAACAAAUGCAUGAUGGAAUUUUCAUAAGUCAAAGCAAGUAUUGCAAUGAACUUCUGAAAAAGUUUGGUAUGGAAGGGUGUAAGGAGGUUGCCACACCUAUAUCAAACAAUUGCAAUCUUGACUUAGAUGAGAAAGGAAUUGCUGUUGAUAGUUCAAAGUAUAGAGGCAUUAUUGGAUCACUCUUGUACUUGACAGCAAGUAGGCCUGAUAUAAUGUUUGUUGUGUGCCUAUGUGCAAGAUUCCAAGCUAAUCCUAAAGAAUCUCAUAUGAAGAGUGUGAAGAGAAUCCUUAAGUAUUUGAAAGGUACAACCAAUGUGGGGUUGUGGUAUCCAAAGGGAGUCUCACUAAGUCUGAUAGGCUACUCAGAUUCAGACUAUGCUGGGUGUAGACUAGAUAGAAAGAGCACAAGUGGAACUUGUCACUUACUAGGUAGUGCACUUGUUUCAUGGCAUAGCAAAAAGCAAGCUUGUGUUGCUUUGAGUACAGCUGAGGCUGAGUAUAUAGCUGCUGGAAGUUGUUGUGCUCAAAUUCUUUGGAUGAAACAACAAUUAAGAGAUUAUGGAGUUGAGUUGAACAAAAUUCCUUUGAGGUGUGACAAUACUAGUGCAAUAAAUCUGACCAAGAAUCCAAUUUUGCACUCUAGGACAAAACAUAUUGAGAUAAGACACCACUUUUUUUAA